AUGGAAACUGCAGAGCCUGUUUCAUACGAAUUCCCCGGCCAUGCUGUCGGCGCUGUGGCUCCUCGUCGGGUCAUCAACUCCAACCUGGGCCACAACUUUUUCUAUCCUAAUCCGACUGCUUCAUUCCCACUGCCGUUUCAGUCGUCAUCAUCUUCUGGUCCUUAUAACUUUGGACAUGCCCUCAAUCACCACCAUCAUCACCAAGCGCAACCGCAGCCACCACCACAGCAACAUCAGCAGCACCAUCACCAUCACCAGCAGGCUCAGCCUCACCAUCACCAACAUCCUCAGCAUCCUGGCUCCUAUCAGCAUUUCUUCGUCUCUGGUCAACCUCAGCUCAACUCUCAGCCAGUGCGUCUGUCUUCGGAACCACCACCGCUGCAAUCAAUUCCCGAUAUUCGACCGGCGAAGAAUGCUGUCAACCGAGUUCCCAGAGAUCCGCUGGCAAAGAUCGACCAGGGCUCCGGAACCCAACCGUCUGUGCAGCAUUUGACUAACGGAGCCCCUGCACGGGGCAAGAGUCCAACAGCUGCCGAGGUCGAUUUCUCCACCGAGGUGGAUGUUCUGAUGAAAGCCAUCCAAGCCAAGGUGACCUCGCCGCAGAGUCAAGCCGCAACGAUCCCGUCCUUGCCAUCUCUUCAGCAAUUGACGACCCAUCCGAGCAGUAAUGCUUUCCCUCCGGCCUAUUCCAUGGGACCGUCUACUAGCCCUCGCUGUGCCUUAGUGGUUGAUGAGCCUCCAUCCCAGUCUAGGAAGAAGCGCAAGUAUACAUGUACCCUUCCGCAUUGCGGGAAGAGCUUUGCCCAAAAGACUCACUUGGACAUUCAUACUCGGGCACAUACGGGUGAUAAGCCCUUUAUUUGCAAGGAGCCAUCAUGUGGGCAGCGCUUUUCACAGCUAGGCAAUCUUAAGACCCAUCAACGACGCCAUACUGGAGAGAAGCCGUUUUCGUGUGAUAUCUGCCAGAAGAGAUUCGCCCAACGGGGCAAUGUCCGCGCUCACAAGAUCACUCAUCAACACGCCAAACCGUUCACCUGUCUGUUAGAUGAUUGUGGGAAACAAUUUACUCAGCUGGGUAAUCUCAAGUCCCACCAAAACAAAUUCCACUCCUCGACUCUCCGAAACCUAACUUUGAGAUUCUCCCAAAUGACCGAAGCAGAUCUCAUGAACACCAAAGACCGAGAACUGCUAGAGUACUUCGCCACACUCUACAAGAACAGCAACAAAGGCAUCAAGGGUCGAGGAAAAGAUCGGCGGAUUUCCCCAUCCACCAAGUCCGGCCCUGGACGACGUUUUCAAUCCCUAGGGAGUGACGAUGAUAAGAUACGACGGGGAAGCUACGAGGACUCGUCGACGUAUACCGGCGUUUCCAGUGAUGAUGAGGAUGCGGAGAACUACAAUUACUGGACCAGACGAGCUCACUAA